AUGGAAACCUUGAAGCAAGAUUUGAAACUCGCUGACGGGCAGGAUCUGUCGGUGGCCCUCAUUUCUCUCAUCACAUCUGCAGUUCGCGAGGAUCAUGCUGCUUACACACUGCAACAGCUCUCUCAAUCCAUAUCUCAUGCGCGGUGUGCAGCUGCGCUUGAACCUCUCACUCUACUCCCCCUUCUAAUAUCCUGUCCAUACGAUGGCGCUGAUAAGCUCAUUCACAUUAUGGGCCAAGAGAGUAGUGCCAAAGAAGUCGUUAUGGCAGUGCAAGAAGUUGCCGAACAUCUUGAAUACCUUUCUCAAGCAGAUGAACAGGUUGAAGGGGUGGACCAUGGCUUGUCUCCUCUUAAGCAGAUUGACCGCCUCGUCCGGCUUUAUGCGCAAUGCGUUCCGCGCUUGCCAAGGCGUAACAAACUCCCGAGUCAAGUCAUGAAGCCGUUGUUGUCUGAACUCGCAUCUCUGAUAACACAAUUUGGCGGUUCCGCCGAUGAUGACGGAAGGGCGCUCGUUGCUUCAGUAUCCGAGUCAGUAUUAUCGAUCGAUAAAUGGGUGUCCUCAGACUCUGCAUACGAUGUCGACGAACGAUCAAGAUGCGGACACAUUCUGGCACACCUGCUGUACUCGACUGUGGAAGCCUGCGUAAACAGCAUCCAAACCAAUCUAGCACGGGUAGCUUUCGCAAACCAGUUCCCCCGACUCGUGGUACCCAACUCCGCAGGCGUGAAUGUUGCAACAGGUGACGAUGUUGUGUCGAAAGCUUGGUCGGCACUAGAUGCACUGGGUGUCACCCCUUCUAAUCUUGAAUCUAGACCCUCUCGUGUUGCAUUAGUCCUGCUCGCACACUUACCGUCCUACACGCUCUCCCUUCCUCUGCUCACAUCAUUCUUUCCCGUGAUACUCACAUCUGUCCAAGCGAACGUAGCCCUAGAUGAAGUGCUCUAUCACUUGAUUUCCUCUAUCGGACCUUUGCGAUUGCAGUACCCUCGCCCAGACCUCCCAUCGGAUCUAAUCGUUCCUCUUGCCCAACUUCUUCCACAACUCGCAGGUGUCCAUCCAGACCCGUCGACCCGCCAUCAGACCUUCCGCCUGCUAUCGACCGUGCUCUCGCUCACUCCCUCGCCGAUGCGCCUCCAUCUCUUGCACGAACUUCUGACUGAUUCGGACUUGUCACCUCAGAUGCGCGUCGCUGCCGUUGGUCUGGUGAAAGAAGCCGUCCUUGAGGCGCUUGCUACGGCUCCCGGCUCUGCAGAAAGCGAUCGAAAUGUCUUUGUUUCGCCCAUGUUCCUCCGCGCUCUCGGUCCGCUCAUCCUGAGGCCUCAUCCGCCUGAUCUUUUCGCGUCGGAUGACUUAUCUCUGGACGAAUUCUUGGAGACACCGGAACCUCUGCGCCUUGUCGAAUGCCUGGCAUUCCUCUAUGUGUUACUGCAGAGGGAUACGCAAAAUCGAACCGGGAUACGAGAUCCGGAUACCUUGAAGCGCGUGAACGCGAAUCUUUUGUUACAACUGCGGGGAAGAUUGGCUUCAUGGAACGAAGAGAUGGGUGGAAGCGCAAUACAUGGAGACCAUGCUGUCAUGCAACUCGGUAUAUUGGAUAUGUGGCUGGAUAGGAUAACUAGUGCUCUGGAAAGCAUCUCGAAUAGCGGCGUAUAA